UCAAUGGCAGAGGCGGUCCCCGAGGUCGGCGAGCGGACUCCGGCGGGGGAGAGCCCGGCUCCCCUCGCCCCGCCGUGGCCCUCGCGGGACCGAGGGGACCGCACGCCGCCGCCCGCGCCGCCCCCUCCGCGGCGCUCGGAGCCGAGCCCGGCCCCCCCCCCGCCCCAUUCCGAGACGGAGCGGACCCGGGAGCCCCGCGCCGACUGCGGAAGCCCGCGCUCGCUCUCGGGGCCCGCGCGGUCGGCAACGGCUCCAACGACGCACGAACGGAGCAAGAAAAAUAGUCCUGUUUCUGCAGAUACAGAUGAGGAUGAAUAAGGAUCGGGGGACGUGUGAAGAGGAAGAAGCAUAACCCGCUGAGAGAUGGAACCCAGCGCAAUUCCUGUCGCUGGCUUGCCCUUUGUAGUUUCACAGAAACUGCUUCCCUCGGAGUCCGCGUGAGGACGGGUGCGGAGGGGGUGCCGGGGGGGACAGGGCGGGAGCCGAGAGAAAAGGCAAGACCAAGGGAGAGUAAUUGGGAUGGAAAACCCCUGCAUGCCUGGAGCGCGGUGGGCGGAGAGCCUGAGGGCAGGCUGAGGUGCCUGAGUGUGACCACGUGUGAUGCCUGAGGAGCCCGCAGACGUGGCUGUGGAGACGGGCGCUCCUGUUGUGAACUCGCAUACACACCGAGCCACUGAUUCAUGGAAAUCUGCUUUAAUGACUGAAAGUCUCUUGUUAUUCCACUGCGUGCUAACCUCUGACUUAUUUGUGGUUAAAGAACCGUUUCUGUGACCCAGAGAAGUCGUCAGAGUCACCCACAAUGGUUUCUUUAUAACAAUGCACAGCUUCAAUAAAAACAAAAUUCCUUUUUAAAAGAAACGCCCCAUAACUUGGCACUUCUCUUUACCUUGUAUCAGAAUUUUAACCUUUCCAAAAGGACAUCUUAAUUUUAUUCAUAGCAUCAAAACACCUGUUCUCCUGGCUAGGUUUCUUCCUAAGACGGUGUUCUAUGAAAUCUUGCAUUUAAAUAUUUUUUUUUUCAAGACCUUAUUUAUUUGAGAGCGAGAGAAGGCAAGCAAGAGCAUGAACCCGGGGGAGGGGCCACGGGAGGGGGAGAAGCAGGCCCCCCACGGAGCAGGGAGCCCCACUGGGACUCCAUCCCGGGACCCUGAGAUCAUGACCUCCGCUGAAGGAAGACGCCUAACUGAGCCACCCAGGCAUCCAUAUAUAAAUAUUUAAACAUUUAAAUGUCAUCAACACUGCCACAUCUGCUUUAAGAAAAACCCAAGGUGCUACAGAAGUAUAACUUCAAGGGAUAAAAACAGGGAAAGUCGCGAAGGUAAAACCAGUUGGAAUUUCUGAAAUGUGGAUGACUCACUUUGAUGAUUUACGGCUACUAAGAUUUAGAUGAUAUGGUGUUUAAUGUCUACAGAUUUUUCAAAAGGACGUAAAUCCUAUUUGGUGUAUUAAGUUUAAAAAAAAAGACUUUUAUCUUCAUUUAUAAGCUUGGUUUUGAAAAUAAAAUUUUCCACGAGCUAGUUGGCAGCUUCAUUGGUCUCGAAGCAUUAGCUUCUCUGGCUCUCAGAAGAAAAACAGAGAAAUUAAAUGUCACUCCUGUUUACUUCUC